AUGGUUGUAAGCAAUCUCGUAGGACCAACAGAAAUUUUAUUCUUGGCUGGAUACCGACUUAAAAACAUAUAUUUCUGGGUUCCUCAAAGAAACAAUACUGCAAUUAGUGUCAGCAUGCUAAGUUACUGUAAUCGGCUACAACUAGGGAUCAUGAUUGAUAAGACCGUAAUGAAUACUUCUGAAGAAGUCCAAUGUUUACUACAUGAAGUAAUCACAGAAGUGGCCAACCUUGCAGAACAAAAUGCUCAUUAAAGCGGUAAGGAAGAAAAGCUUCUACUUAAUUUAAAUUGAAAAUAAAAUUAAUUUUACGAUUUCAAAACAAACAGUAUUA